AUGAUGGAAAGUGAUGAUCCCUCGGAGCGCGCAAGGGCGGCAACCGUCCUACAAGCUUGUCCGACUGGGGACCUUCGCAGCGUGAAGUGGCCUAAGACAAAGAGUUGGGUCGACAAGAUUGACAUGGUAUGGGAAGACAUUCACACUCGGGAUCGUUACUGGCGCAAUCGGAUGGCGGCAGGCGGGUUGGACCGCGAUAAAGAAAUGCAAUACCGGGUCCAUAAGCAGUUUCAGGAAAGUGUGGCUAUUCUGGCCAAGGCUCGCCGCGAUGGCCGAUGUGCCCUGGUGUAA